CAGCAGCUCAAUAUUUGAGAAUACAGCUUAGCUUUCUGCACACACACACACACACACACACACCUCCCUAAAGAUACAUCAUAAAAUCACACAAGUACAUUUAUCAACAUUUUUUCUCCACUGGACAUUGAUGAAUUUGCCUCAACGGUUGCCGUAGCGGUCCACCAAGAUCGUUAUUGCUUGUAUUUCCUUCCUUCCCGCAUCCAAAGACUGAUCUACGCUACAAGAUGGCUGAGUUGAAUUUGGGGAAGGGGCUGACUGCGGGGAAAGUGGCCAGCAACGUUCAGAAAAAACUAACGAGAGCCCAAGAAAAGGUUCUUCAAAAACUUGGCAAAGCCGAUGAGACCAAAGAUGUCGCUUUUGAGGAAGGGGUGAUCAACUUCAACAAACAAUAUGCUGAAGGCAGCAAACUGCAAAGGGACCUUAGAGCAUACCUGGAAGCAGUGAAAGCCAUGCACGAGUCCUCCAAGAAUGUGCAGGCGUGUUUGGCUGACAUGUAUGAGCCAGACUGGUAUGGCAAGAACGAAGUGGAUUCCAUUGUGGAGGACUGUGAUGUACUGUGGACUGACUACCACCAAAAGUUGGUUGAUCAUGCUCUCAUCUCCAUGGAUACUUACCUGGGCCAGUUCCCUGAUAUCAAGGCACGUAUCGCUAAGAGGGACAGGAAGCUGGUCGAUUAUGACAGUGCCAGGCACAACUAUGCCACCACACACAAGACCAAGAAAAAGGACGGGGGCAUUAAAAUUACCAAGCCCUCCUCCUUGUUAGAGAGGGCCACUCCAGGCUGGGCUCAGGGUAUCUUGUCUGCACACAAUGUUGCCCAGAGCAGUCUGUCCAGGGGCCAGGCUGAGGAAGAGUUGGAGAGAGCCCAGAAGGUGUUUGAGGAGAUUAAUAUUGACUUGCAAGAGGAGUUACCUUCACUCUGGAACAGUCGUGUUGGGUUUUACGUCAGCACCUUCCAGAGUUUGGCUGGUUUUGAGGAGAAGUUUCACAAGGAAAUCAGCCGGUUGGAUCAGGAUUUGUAUGACACCUUGGAGACACUGGAGAGAACAGACACAACAAGCAGAAAGACAGGUAACAGCGGCGCCUCAUCGUCAGGAACAAAUAGGAGUGUGAAAGAAGCAUCUAACCACACUCUCAGGCCAGGAGGACCACCACCAAUCCCCAAAUCUCCAUCCAAGCUAAAGCCAGCAGUGCCUCCACCACCCAAGGUGACCCCGUCUAAGGAGUUGAAAACAGAGAACAUCAUCAACCUCUUUGAUGCCGCAGCCGCUCCUGACAUCAGUGUCACCUCCCCUACAGAGCCUGCAAACUGGGAUUCAUGGCCUGAGAACAGUGGUGCCCAUGAAGAGGACACCCAGGAGCACUUUGACCCUGUGGCUGCUGCUACAGAUGCCUGGGGGGAUGACGGUUCACAGCCUGUCCGCUAUGACCCCAUAGCAGCUGCGACAGAGGGCUGGGGAGAUGACGGAACCAAACCAGUUCUCUAUGCCCCUGUGGCUGUGGCUCAGAAGGGAGGGGGGGAUGAUGAGAGCCAGCAGGUUCAUUACGAUCCUGUGGCUGAAGACCAGGAGGGCUGGGGCGAUGACGGGAGCCAGCCGGUCACAGAGGUGCUCGCCACAGAGGAUGAAACACCUGCAGCUGAGGCCGCUGAGGAAGAAGCCACAUUAGCUGCCACUACGUUGGAUAAUGAAGAGGGUCAGGGUGAGUCUGCAGCAGCUGCUGCGGCAACAGUGGAGGAAGCAGUGACAGAGGAGACACCUGCAGUAGUGCCCGAACCUACAGAAGAAGCAUCAGAACCUGCAGACAUGCCACCUGGCUUCCUGUUCAAGGUCCAGGUGAUGCAUGAUUAUGCUGCCAACGACACAGAUGAACUGGAGAUGAAGACUGGUGAUGUGGUGCUAGUAGUCACCUUUGACAACCCAGAGGAGCAGGAUGAUGGCUGGCUGAUGGGAAUGAAGCAGGAAGACUGGCAGCAGAACAAAGAAAAUGCCGCUAAAGGAGUAUUCCCUGAAAACUUCACCCAAAGGCUGUGAAAGAGGAGGACGGGACGUCAUUCCAGCUUCCUUCUUUAUGUCUCUCUUCCUCUUGCCUCAAUCCUACCUUCCCUCUACCUGAUACCUGUCUUUCCUAGGACUUUGGCCAUAGAAGCAGAGCUGUCACAGCCCUGGUGGAAAUCAUGCAUUUCUAAGGUCUGCUACACUGUGCUAAAAGUGGAUCUUGGCAUUUCUGUGGAUUUCUGCCAACAUUUACAAAUUGCAGAUGUAGCCAUUUCAAAGAUGCCACUCUUUGCUGCACUAUUGUUGCUAAUCAAUACCGGAGCAAUUGAUUAGAGAAUCCUGAUCAUACUGUAUAGAUGCAGGGAUGGGUGCCUCUGCAGUGGCUACCACUGUAAUUGCAUUAUAAUGUUUUGUUCUUAGUCAUGUCACAUCAUAAACUCCCCACCACCAUAACAGAGAAAAUGUCUAUCGAGACGUGCUUUCAUUCAUCUGAUACUGAGGGAUUGAGUACAGUGAAAUGUAUUAAGACAAUGCCAAGUGUAGCAGAGUAGCCACAUAUAAGCCCUAAAACCUGUUUUUAUAAAGGAUUGGGAGGGCAGGGUAGUCACUAAAAACAGGCAAAACAGGAUAGUCCUCACUAUGUUUGCUCGAAACAUUCACCCAGCAGAGUAACACACUGAAAAAGCAAAAGCAACUCCUAGCCGGCAAACCAUAUACAAAAGAAGGUGUAGACGUCUAUCCAGCCAAACAGCACAUAAACAGUGAUGAAUUUUAAUAAACAAAACAAAAUUAGCUCAUUAACUCAUUAACAACUGGGCUUGAAUUCUCAGAUAUCUAAAAAAAAUGAAGAAGUGGGUUAUUGAAACAAAUAAGUGUAAUUUUCUUCUUGGUCAUGCAGGUUUGUUUCCUCACCUGUGGCCUUUUGGUCAUUUUUGGUGGCUGACUGCAAUGCUGGCCAUAGAUAAGUGAUGGUGGAGCAUAUCAGGGGGAGUGUCAGUAAAGAUGAAGCAUUGCAGUUUUGGUGCCAGUAUUUGUAUUUGCUAUUUACAAAUCUGCAGUCACUCUAAUCAGUCCCUGUGUCCUACUGCUGUUAGACACAUCUUCUAUUCCUACUUCUAUUAUUUCCUUGUAAAACAUGGGCCCUUGGCUGUUGUAUUAGUUUAAAUCCAAUGGUGGUAUAAGUAGUACUAACCUGUUGUUAAAAUCCAAAUAAAUGCAUACAUGCAUAUGCAUUUAACUAGUUACCUGACACCAACCUAGUUAAAGACAGCAGGAAUCUCAAUUCGGAAAUGUUUUAAAAAUCUGAGAAAUGCUGGUCUUAGAGUCCUAUAGAGUAGAAAAACACGACUGCUUUCAUUUUUGACAGUCAGGGUUUGUAUUCCUCGUUGUUUAAAUUAGUGUGAAGUUGUGUGGAGUGGGCAUCUGAAGAAUCUUUUCAAGGAAUUUAUUUUAUUUUUUGUCACAAGGGAUUCCAAAUAUGCAUUAGCCAGGCUCGCUAUAAAGCUAGCUGACAAACUACAACAUUGAGACGCUGCUACUGGUAGUAUAAUAGUUAGGCAGACAUGAUUACACCCUAAUGCUAAUCAAAUAUAUAAUAACUGAGCCAGCCUCAUUCGUUUUUAAAAAAAUGUGCCGAAAAACAAUUCCUUCCGUUUGCAUAGAGACGACUGAACUCAAAUGCAGAUGAUUCCGAAUAUGCACCAGAGCAACCUCUUUUAUUUUUGUAUGCUGCCAAGCAAUGAUUACAUAUAGCCUAAUGUAACUAUGUCAACAUAAUUGCCAACUUAGGAUGUUAUGGAGUGUUUUGUACUUCUGUCAGGUUUACUGCUCUCAACGUAGCCGCUUACUGUAGGUAGUUCAAACUAUCUCACAUUCAGUUAUUCAUUCAGUCACUGACUCAGAAGAGAUUCACCUUUCUCAUGAUGUUACUAACAUGUAAUAAGUGUGAGAGAAAAUGGUUGUGUGUGCGAUUGUAUGUAUGUAUGUGUGUUUAUGGGUUGUUUGGAGACAUAAAUUCUUUAUCUAUAGGCUAUUGUUAUUGGACGAUAUCACCACCACCUACCAAGGAAUGAGGUCAUCAGUUUUACAGGAAGUUUUUCCGACUGGACAAAGGCAACUCAAAACGUAUUUGGGUCUUUUUCCACUGGCUGGUAUUAUGGUUCCAGGUGUUAUUGUGCAUACGUUGUGUAUAAGUGUAAUUUUGCCAAGCUGUGAUGACAGAUACAUAUUCUAUAAAGACAUUCAUAUCUGUAUGUGAGUUACUGUGAGCAUGCUGAAUUCCCAUGUGUUGUUGUGUGAACACCCUUAAUUUAAGACAGUGAUACUUGGGUCACUUUUGAGGCAAUUUCCUUUUUUUCUUUUCAAUUUUUUUAUUAUUUAUUUUCUUUAUUUUAGUAAGGGGAUGGCGGCUGUUACUGUGUGUUUUCCACCGUUCCCUCACAAAUCGGUCCCUGAUUAUAAUUGCUGGUUGUCAGCCUUGCCUCAAAAUGUUGCCGGGGUAUCGUGGUCCAAACAGAGUUAAACAUUAUUACGCGGAGACAGGAGACACAUAGAGAAAACAUUUUAAACCACCAGACUCAGGUGGACAAAUUUUUUGUAAUGAUUUUCAGAAUUUUAACCACUUGAGAUGUGCAUGAGUUUUUCAUGUGUAUUUAAAAAGUCUCACACGUGAGAGCAUCACCUGCACAUUUAGGUAAACCAAUCACUUUCAUAUUUUUAUUUUUAAAUAUAUGUAACUUUGUGAGUGUUUCACCUGGGUCUGGUUCUCUAUCUGUCUAUAUGGAUGAGUCUCCUGAUAAGCUAUGGGAUACGACAAAAAGGUUUUUCCUGUACCUA